CCAUCUAUCCCUCAAUCAUCUGGGACUUUAGCCUUCUGCACUCUGUCCCCUCUGAGAGUGAGGCUUACAGGUUUAAGUAGAAAGUUGACAGGUUAUUUCUGCCUUUAAAGUCACUUUCUCUCUUGAAAUGUUAUUCCACAGAGUGUUAUUUAGGUCAGCCGCACUUCUCAAAGGCACAUCCUUACGACUGAGACCAAAUGGGAAUACAUGUACUGAAUAUGGCAAGACAUGUAGAGGCUGUUUCUUCUCCACUUCCCAAUCCAGAGGAGCUCAGUUCCUCUCUGACCCUACAGAAGCAGUUAGAGACAUCCAAGAUGGCUCUACAUUGUUAGUAGGAGGUUUUGGUUUGUGUGGGAUCCCGGAAAAUCUAAUCCACAGCCUGUUGGAAACAGGAGUGAAAAACAUUACAGCCGUCAGCAACAAUGCUGGAGUGGAUAACUUUGGCCUGGGAUUGCUCCUGAAAACCAAGCAGAUUAAACGCAUGAUAUCGUCUUAUGUGGGAGAGAAUGUGGAGUUUGAGAGGCAGUACUUGUCAGGAGAGCUGGAGGUGGAGCUAACACCUCAGGGUACUUUGGCAGAGAGGAUACGAGCAGGUGGCGCCGGAAUCCCCGCUUUCUUUACUGCCACAGGCUACGGCACACUCAUCCAGGACGGCGGGACCCCCAUUAAGUACAAUAAAGAUGGCACCGUAGCCAUUGCCAGUCAGAGGAAAGAGGUUCGGGAGUUCAAUGGCAGGCACUAUGUUAUGGAAAAAGCCAUCACAGGUGACUUUGCUUUAGUCAAGGCCUGGAAGUGUGACAAGGCUGGAAACCUUGUUUUCAGGAAAACAACACGAAACUUCAAUCAGCCCAUGUGCAAAGCAGGGAAGAUUACAGUCGUGGAGGUUGAGGAGAUUGUGGAUGUUGGUAGUUUUGCUGCGGAGGACAUCCACGUUCCCAGUAUCUAUGUGGACCGGAUCGUCAAAGGGGCCAGCUAUGAGAAGAGGAUAGAGAAAAGGAUUGUGCGAACUGACCAUAUGGAACAGCCCCAAAACACAAAGGGGCCUGACGUGACCCGGGAGCGGAUCAUUCGGCGAGCGGCCCUGGAGUUUGCUGACGGGAUGUAUGCAAAUCUUGGAAUUGGAAUCCCAAUGCUGGCCAGUAAUUACAUCAGCCCACAUAUCACAGUCCACUUACAGAGUGAGAAUGGCAUUUUGGGAUUGGGCCCUUAUCCAAAAGAAAGUGAAGUGGAUCCAGAUCUUAUCAAUGCAGGUAAAGAGACGGUCACUGUUCUGCCUGGGGCCGCGUACUUCUCCAGUGACGAGUCUUUCGCUAUGAUCAGAGGAGGUCACAUUGACUUAACCAUGUUGGGUGCUAUGCAGGUUUCUAAGUAUGGAGACCUGGCUAACUGGAUGAUCCCAGGUAAAAUGGUGAAGGGCAUGGGAGGGGCUAUGGACCUUGUCUCCAGUGCCGACACCAAAGUGGUGGUCACCAUGGAACAUUCUGCUAAGGGAGGGAAGCCCAAAAUCUUAGAAAAGUGCACUCUGCCAUUGACGGGGAAACAGUGUGUGGAUCGUAUUAUCACUGAGAAGGCUGUGUUUGAUGUGGACAAGAGGAAGGGGCUGACACUCAUAGAGAUCUGGGAGGGACUGCGUGUAGAGGAUAUUAGAGCAUGCACGGGCACUGAGUUUGCGGUGUCUGAGGACUUAAAACCAAUGCAGCAAAUAUGACGUGUUAAGCAGAGGAAUGUUUAGAAGCACAUGGUCAGUUUUCACACCACUUCCUCUUGCAUUGGAGCCCAUGACCACUGAGUGGUCAAAAGCAUAGGACAUCUUUAACAUUGGAAACGCAUGCAGAGAUUUGGUGUAAUUUUAGACGUUACCAAAUUUUAAAUAUCUGUGAGAUUUUGCUGUCUGCUGAAACACUUCAAUUCUUUUGAGAGUAUAUGCAUUAAUAAAUAUCAAAACUUCCCUUAUCAUCACUUCCCUCAUGAUGAAAAAAAAUACUUUAAAUAACGAAUUCAUAAAUAAACUGGAUAUAUUUUAUAAUGAUAACAACUGUGGAAUUGAAUUUGCCAGUGGACAAAAUGUAACGUGUGUUGUUAUUUUGUCGAGGAGGAGUAAUCUGUGGGUAUGAGAAAAUGAGAGUGUUGUGUUAUGUACAACUACAAAAUGACACAAAUAAACAAACAAAUAAAUGACAUAGAA